UUACUAGAGCGUCUGGAUCACAGUUGGUCCCAGUCUCUCCGAAUGCUGCCAGAAGAAUUUCCGGCCAGUACGUGACGACGAAGCCAGCAGUCGGCUCUCCUGUGAAGGAUAUGCCAGCAAUGGCAGGAAACUCGGUUUCUACCCGGGUUGACUCGAUAUCAAGUACAAACAACGGAGUCCCGCGUACCGCAUCGCUAGAUUCCAUAAUCUCGACCAUGUCGUCCAAGACCUCCCAAGACGCCGCACCAGGAACGACUGACAUAGCGAAUCUAAUCAAGACGGCAGGGAGUCCUGAGGCGGUCAUUCAGUACUUGUUGAAGGAGAAGCACAGCCAAUCACAGCAAAAUGCCCAGCUAUGGAGGCUCGUCGAUAAGCAGAGGGCCAUGAUCCUGGGCCUCAACAAGGACCUGGAACGUGCCUUGAAGGACAAGGAGAAGUACCGGAAGAAGAUGAAGGAGCUAAUGGUAGCACAAGAGGCACCGUCCAAGAUAGAGACACAACAGCCAACUGUGGUAAUCCCGCGACAAGUGGAUGUCAGAGGGCUAGGAGAACAAGCAGCAGAUGUGCCUACGUCGCCGUCCAACUUGGAUACGGACAGCAUCAAGAAUUCGCCAGUAGAUAUGGCUAUGGCUCCGUAUCCAAUCACGCCCCCUGCAGACCGAGGAUCUAAUGGGCCUAUGUCUGCCGUAGGUGAAAUACUCGACCCUUCGCAUUCUAUGCCCAAGCCAUCAGAGCAUGCCUUAGGACAUUUCGACCAUGAGGAGGACGAUCGCGCUGCGGACGAGGCAACCAAAGCUGCUCAAGCCGCCGAAGAUUCUCCCAUUUUGCUUUUCAACACGGGACUUCCGCCGUCGAGAAGUUUACCUAGCGCACCACCCAGCGUACCACCACCAAAACCUCCAAUCACCUCCAAGGAGUCUGCACCACUACUCGACCAAACUAUCUCGCAGUUUCCUCCCCCAUCCGCUCCCCCGCCGCGCAAGCCUCCGCCAGCCCCCUUACAGCUAAGAAAGGAGGCACAAUCCACGCUCAUCAGCCCCCCUGAAGACGAGAACGACUCAGAUUCAGAUUACGACUCGCUGUUAGAUGUAGACGAGCUACCUGUGCCCACAGAAAGUCGUGGGAGAAGGCGGACUAGGGAUGAAGAUGACGUAGAAAGGGAGAAGCUGGCACAACUCGAGGCAGAGAGACGCAGCCUUUCCAAGAAACAAAAGGGCAGUCAGAAGGGUACCCCCAAGGAGCCCGACCUUGAGCCCCCGCAGGAUCUGCUCCCUGCCAGUCCCCGGUCUGCCGGUUCUCAACCAAUGCUGGUUCGUAACAACAUUCCGGCAUCAUUGGCCGGCAUUUUGAGUGGAAGCACGCAGUCUUCUCCUGCCGCACCUUUGAUGUCACCUGGAUUGCCAUCCAGCCCACGCCCUAUGGGUAUGAGCUCUGCCACAUCGCCACCCCUCUCACCACGGGGAGUGCUCAUGUCAGCUGCUCCCCUGUCUCCUCGUGCUCCUAGACAGCCUAUCCCCUUACCACCAAACACGCCUUCGACCAGCCCGUCAGCAGCCGAACCGCUUGGACUUACUUCGCCAAAACCGCUUAAUAUCACAAAAAUGGCCUCUGAGACUGGACAGCAAAGCCCCACUGGAAGUCGCGAGAGUGCAAGUGAGCGAAGCCGUAUCUACAAGGGCUUUGUCACUGAAGAACUUCCCGAUCUACUUCUUCCUCCUAAUGCGUUGUUCUCUGUGGAGGUCAAGGUGGCCUCGUCUCGAAUGAAGCCAUCUAGAGCAAGUCUGAUAUCUCUUACACAACUUGAGGAGGAUCCGGUCUUCACAUUAGCCAUCUUCUCUCGGGCCGAAGGCGGAGAAUUAUGGAGAGUUGAGAAAGAUACCAUUUCUCUAGCCAAGCUGGAUCAGAAGUUGAAGCAGUGCUCUGCCUUCACAGCGAGAACCCCGGACCGCUCACUAUUUAGUGGCCACGCUCCAGCGAAACUCGAUGCUCGUCGGAUAGCCCUGAACCUGUAUCUGGACGAAUUGCUCAACACUCCAUUGGACAUAGGGGCUGCUUUGGAGCUCUGCAAGUACCUGUCGACCAACACUCUGCCACCCAAUGCCGACGAGACCGGCUCCGCUGUUGAUAGUAGCAGCGAGAUUAGCACCUUGAAGACUGGCGCCGGUGGCCGACCAUUGAAGAGUGGGUACCUGACCAAAAGAGGCAAGAACUUCGGUGGUUGGAAAGCACGCUUCUUUAUCCUGGAUGGACCUCUCCUGAAAUAUUAUGAAACUCCUGGUGGUGCUCACCUAGGAACUAUCAAGCUACAAAACGCUCAGAUCGGGAAGCAGUCACAGAGUAACAACGAGGGCUCACCCGCUGGUACUUCUAAUGAUGAGAUGGACAAUCAGUAUCGGCACGCAUUCCUGGUUCUCGAACCCAAGAAAAAAGAUUCUUCUAGUCACGUGAAGCAUGUUCUCUGUGCGGAGAGUGACCACGAGCGUGAUCAAUGGGUCGAGACUUUGCUGCGCUGGAUUGAUUACAAAGACCCUGUAGAAGAAGUCUCGAAAGCCAAGACUGAGCAUGAUCGCCAUGGUUCCGGUAGUACUCCUCAGGCCAAAGGAGUGAGCGCGAAGAAGAAGCAGUACGGGCAAGUCACAAAAGCACAUAACGACCACAGCGCCAGUCAAGAUGGAUUGAUUGGCAUCAGCUACGAAGGUACUUCACAAGGCGACGUCCCUGAUGGUGUGCCGCCACGUCGCCGUAACACCGAGACACCUGAUUCCCAACAGGAGCGAGUAGUGCCGUCUUCGUACACCAUCUCUGCACCGCGAGACCCUCAAGUUAUCUCUGAUACCGCGAUCUGGGGUGCGAAGGCGGCUCUGGCACCACCUGGUAUCUCGCUUGAGGAAAAGAAACAACGUAAGCGUAGCUUCUUCGGAUUUGGUCCGAAGACACGUUCUUCGUCUGAUGACCAGGAUUCUUUGUUUAGUGCCUCGAGUCAAUCAGUCCAGGGUAAUGAGUACCGUGGCCCUGUUCGCCAGUCGUUUGGUGCUCCUCUUGCGGAAGCCGUUCGUUACUGUGGACCUACUGACGUAAACGUCCCGCUACCAGCGGUCGUGUUCCGUUGUAUCCAAUAUCUAGAAGCGAAAAACGCAAUUUUCGAGGAGGGCAUCUUUCGUUUGAGUGGAUCCAAUGUCGUCAUCAAAGCCCUUCGCGAAAGGUUCAACGUCGAGGGUGAUAUCAAUUUACUCACGGACGAAACGUAUUACGAUAUUCACGCGGUCGCAUCACUGCUUAAGCUUUACCUCAGAGAGUUACCCACGACUAUCCUGACCCGAGAUUUGCACUUGCAAUUUCUAACUGUCACUGAGAUGUCUGGUCAGAGAGAGAAGAUCGCUGCAUUGUCAGAACUCGUACAACUGCUCCCGCAAUCCAACGGAACUCUUCUGCGUUACUUGAUUGCUUUCUUGGUCAAGAUCAACAACAAUGCAGAUAUGAAUAAGAUGACAGUAAGGAAUGUUGGAAUUGUAUUUUCGCCUACGUUGAACAUUCCUGCUCCGGUGUUUGCCUUGCUUUUACAGAAUUUCGAAGCAGUAUUUGGCAUUGCCCCGGAAGAUUAUGAGCUGCCUUCACCAGUUUCUGAGUCAGAUUUGAGACCGUUGGUAGAAUCGCAGGCCCGUCGACCUGCAUCUAGAGCUGGCGCCACAACAUCGCCCCAGCGUCCGCGCUUCAUGGAACAAACGCAGCAACAACGCUCGACACCCACGCCUCCUCCUGCUAUAAUUUCCGGAAGUGGUCGGUCGACGGCCACACCUCCACCUGUCUCUCGUCAGAUGGGGUACGAACCACAAUAUCUUGCCCAACAGCCCAACGGAUCUCAAACGUCACUCCGACCAGCAUAUGAGAGUGGCUACAUGCCACCUACGAACUACGACCCUAACGCGAGGCAAUUAGCAACCAACGGCCAACUCAAUUAUGAUCGGUCGCAUUAUCAAACCUCUUAUGAACAAGAUUAUUCAGAUUAUGACCAGCCACACGCAGCCCGGGCUAAAAGAAGGGAAAGCGCCAUGUUCAUGGGUAAUAUGAUGCUCAAUCAGCAAGGAUCCAAGAGUCGCCUUCGCGAAUAGAGAUCUGAUCCGUACCAUGACCGCAACGGUUCACGACCACAAUUUGAUUUUUGUUCUUCUUUCUAGCGAUUUCUAUAUAUACGCCGCAUUUACAAGCUUUU